AUGGCCAACACCACUGUCCGCGGCGCACAAGCCAUUCACGGCCAGAAUCCGCAGUUUCUAGUCGAGACCGUCAUCCGCAACCGUAUAUAUGAGUCGCCUUAUUGGAAAGAGCACUGUUUCGCUCUUACAGGCAUGCAUAUACUCAUGUAUGCACGAAAUACACGAGAUGGGCUUAUGAAUGAAUUCCCAGCCGAAACUCUUAUUGACAAAGCCUUAGAGCUGAAUAGUAUUGGCGGCGUGUAUGGCAAUCAAAAGCCGACGGAGUUCUUAUGUCUACUUCUAAAAUUGCUCCAGAUCCAGCCAGAGAAGGAAAUUUUGCUUGAAUAUUUACGAGCAGAUGAGUUCAAAUACAUGCGAGCACUAGCUGCCAUUUAUAUCCGCAUGACAUUCACAUCCAUCGAUGUCUAUGAAAUACUGGAGCCUCUGUUAAAGGACUAUAGGAAAUUGCGAUAUCGUGGCAUGAACGGAUAUUCACUGACCCAUAUGGACGAGUUUGUGGAUAAUCUAUUAAUUGACGAACGAGUCUGCGACAUUAUUCUCCCCCGUCUCACGAAACGAGACGUGCUUGAAGAUAAUCAGGAUAUCGGGCCGCGCAAAAGUCGGCUCUUGGAUGCCAUGGAGGGCAGGAGUGAACAAGCAGGAGCCGAAGCGGGUCUAACAGUCGUCCCCAUCACCCGUUGGAUCUGGAUUCGUCUCGCGAACUCCCUCCAGAUCACGGUCAGGUUCGAAUUCUCCCUAUCAUUCACGUAG